AUGUACGGCUUCAACGUGACAGACCACACUUUCCCGUACGACAACCGGCCUGUCGCACCUCUUACCAACUACACCUUCGACCAGUGGUGGUUUCACGGUCACCUCGACUACCCUCCGAAUGACGGCGAUAUCUUCGAGCUGCCUGCGGGACAACCAGCGACCACAGAGAUCGCCUGUAACAAGGGUGCCACGACCUUCUUCGCAAGCUCUGAAGGCGGAGACAUUCGCAAUCCCAACAAGCCGAACGACCCUUGCCCAGGUUCAGACCCGUCUGAGUACCACACAACGGGUCCGAGCGACUUGAAGGGAUGCGCCCUGGCGAUCGCGUAUAAGAACGACGCGAGGCAGGUGCAGCCGGAGGAUUUCGUAGUGUUCUCGAUCAACCAGACCUGUGUCUUCAACCGAUUCACCGACUUCCAAGUACCAGAACGCAUGCCUGCAUGCCCCGAGGGUGGUUGCACUUGCGCGUUCUUCUGGAUUCAUAGCCAGGAUUCUGGAGGAGAGCAAAACUACAUGAACGGCUUCAAGUGUAAUGUCACGAACGCGACGUCCAACGUAGCCCUCGCCACUCCACAAAUUCCUCGUCGUUGCGGUGCGGACCCGGAAAACAACGUGCCCAACCCAACCCCCGGUAACUGCACCUACGGUGCAAAGCAACCAUUCUACUGGUUCCAAGCCGAGCGCAACAACAUGUUCGAAGGCACAUACUCCCCGCCUUUCUAUCUCGACCUGUACAACUUCAAGGACGGCGCGCAGAACGACAUCUUCGUCGAUUCCUAUCCGAAUGGUAUCCCGACUCCGAGCGCGAACCAAACCCUCGUACCCACACCGUUCUUGGGAGGCGCGAUUGCGGAGCCCACCUCCUCAGGCAGCUCCACGUUAGUAUCAAGCUCUUCAAUCUCUGCAGCAUCAUCGGUGGGGGCUGUCGGUUCUACCUCCGCAUCAGGAGGACCAUCCAUAUCCGCAUCUCUAGCUGGCUCGUCGUUCGCGGCGUCGAGCACGGCGUCUUCUUCCUCCGCUAUGUCAGCGACCGUGACGUCUACUGCGACCACGACUGAGACGUCGACCCUCGUACAGACUGUCUUCGUCACCCUCCCCGUUUCACCUUUACCCCCGUCGAUAGCUGCGUCCCCUUCUCUUUUUUCUCCUUCUCCUUCUGCCAGUAAUUUCCAGUCGCUAACGACUAUUCUUCUCACCGCCGCUUCCUCCUCCACUUUGACUUCCUCAUCUUCUCCUUUGGCCACAUCCAUCACUACCGCUUCUUCUGCAUCCGUCGCGAACGCUACGGCCGAAAAUGCCGAUGCGCUCAUCCCCGCUGCCUUGCGCGCCAACUUCGACGUCCUCCCCGCGAACGCCACUGACAUCGCGUUCAGCGCCUCAACCGAUAGUGCCACCGCAACCGCAACCUCCGCGCCCUCCGCAACCGCUGCCACCGAUGGGAUGUGUCACGUAUCGUUCAAGACGCAGCGCCGUCGCAGCCUCUUCGACGUGCAAAGCCGUGCGAGAAGCUUAGGAUCCUGGCACGUCUCUCGAGGUGACGCCGGACGGAAACUGAAGACUCGAUCCAGCCUGUGGCGAAUAUUCUAG